GGAGAAGGGUGCUAGCAAGGGGCGGGAGGACGGCAGCUGAGGGAGGCACAGGCCUCAGCUGGAAGGAGGGAGCAGAAGGGCGGGGCAAGAGGCCCAACCGAGGACAGACUCCAAGUCUGACUUCUUCAGCGACUCUCGGUUUGUCCCUCCUGCUCUGAGCCAGGUGUCUGGCAGCCAUGUCACUCCUCCUGUUAGUGGUCUCUGCCCUCCACAUCCUCAUUCUCGUCUUGCUUUUUGUGGCCACUUUGGACAAGGUAAGCUUCCAGCUCACUGGUUUGCGUGGUCUGUGAUCCCUGUAAUACGUAUACGCCUGAAGCUGUGACCGCACUGUGUCUCCCCCUGCAGGCUGGCUGAAGGCAGUGCAGGUGCUCAUGGUGCUCUCUCUCAUCCUCUGCUGCCUGUCCUUCAUGCUCUUCAUGUUCCAGCUCUACACCAUGCGGAGAGGAGGGCUCUUCUACGCCACUGGCCUCUGCCAGCUCUGCACCAGUGCAGCCGUGUUCGCUGGGGCACUGAUCUACGCCAUCCAUCCUGAGGAAAUCCUGGAAAAGUACCCGCGCGGGGGCAGCUUCGGCUACUGCUUCGCCCUGGCCUGGGUGGCUUUCCCCCUCGCCCUGGUCAGCGGUAUCAUCUACAUCCACCUGCGGAAACGUGAAUGAAUGCUGUGUGCCUAGAGAAUAAAAUCUGUUUAACCACA